GUUUUCAAAGUCGCCGGCACGAGCAUUAGCAGGCCGUGUGCGACUCUGCAAGCGUUGAAUAAUAGCGAGGCUGUUUGAAACGAAAACAGCAGCAUGCAUUCUUUUUCGGAGGACGAAACUUCCCUUCGGUGUCGCAUACGCGACCAUGCAUUUGAGAAUGGCAGAACCGGCUUUGCUUGGGGAAUCGGAAAUUCCCUCAUGGUUUUCCCCCAGGCUUCGAAGGAAAGGCGGACCAGACAGCAAGGCCAACGAAAUGCCGGCUACCUGCACGAUGUCUGUUGGAGCACUUCCCUCUACAACAGGGUGAUGAGGCAGCUGGUAAACGAAUCAUCAUCCGUAUUCCUUGACUUGCAAAAUUUUGCUGCAGAGAUCAAAGGAGAAACAGCACAUCCAAGCUUAGUAACGACUAGUAGGAGCUACCGGGCCACCCUUAAUGUCUGCUGGAAUAGCUGCGAGGACGAAAUGGAAUCGGUAGACGAGGACAGCAGGCUGGAUUUUUAUGCAAAGUACGAAUUACUGAGAAACAUCGAGCACAUUUGGCACUUGUGCGAGAUCCUCUUCUUGGAUGUCCAGCCAGGCACAGCAUAUUUGCAGCAGCUGCAGCGCUGGGUUCAGAGCCGUUCGUUACUCGAAGCCCGUAUGGAGGAGCUGUUCAGAGAGGAUGAACCGCACCUGUCGCCCGAUUACUGGGAUCACGUGUAUAUGCUGGUUCUUCAGGCCAGCCUGGAAGAUGUGAGGAGGCUUCUGAAGAGGCACCCAUGCUCUGGCCGAGAAGAUUUUGUCUUGCUGGAUGAGCUACUGCAGUCGGCACCACAGGGAUCCCCCCAGGUGGCGUCGCGGGAGCUGCAUGUCUGGUGGCAGACCUGGCAGGCGCAGUGUGCACGCCAUCUCGCAGAUGGGGAUUUUUCUCUCUUGCCAGAGAUGGAGGUCGUCUGCAAGAUACUAAUGGGCGACAAAGACACUCUCAAAAGGCUGAGGGAGCUGUGCAAGACAUGGUACAACUACCUUGUCACCCUGGUGACCUACACUCGACCCACAGAUGAGCCACAGAUGCUGGCAGACUUGGCUGAGGACUGCCUCACUGCAUUCGGAGGGUUGGAAUCAACACGAGGCAUGGACAGCAUUCUGCUGGCCGCAUUCAGAUUCGACUUGCCGCAAGUUAUUCAAGAAGCCAGCUUAUUCCUGGACAACUGGUGGUUCUCGGCACACCUGUCCGACCUGCUGUUUCAUGCUGGACAGAUGGAGGCCAGCCAUGCCGAGUACGCCAGUGAAUUGAGGGAACACCUGAUCCUGGAGUAUGCGGCGUCCCUCAUGACACAUCACAGCCUCUGGCAAGUUGGUGUUGGCUACCUGGAUCACUGCCCGCGACGUGGAAGGGAGUACCUGGAGGCCUUUAUCGAGCACAUCCCACUGAAAACCCAGGCACAAGCAUUGAAGGUAGUUGAAAUACUGGAGCAGAGAGAAAUGCCAGCAGUGAAGGACAUCUGCCAGACACUGGCAGUUCGUAUGGCAAAGAAGGGCCAGUUGGGCAUUGCACUGACCUGGGCCAUGCGUUGCAAGAACCCAGUAUUGACAUCAAGACUGGCAGAUCAGUUCUUGGCUGAGUACAGUGAGCGGCGGGAGCUUCCCUGUCUGGAUAUGCUCGAGAACAUGGGCGAGAGCAUGUUGUUCAGCGACCGCCUGACAUUCCUUGCCAACUACCGGGAGUUUCAGCGCAAGCCCCCUGGCCAGGCAGCUGCGCGGCUUCUCACUGACCUCAUCGAUUCACAGCUUGCACCUCACUUUUUAUGGCCUCGGCUGCUCAGGGAUGCCAUUCACACGCUGUCAGACUCGACGGAGCUCCUGCUGGAUACGAAUCAGGUGGUGCAGUUGUUGAGCUGCCUGGAGGCAGUGUCGGCAGGAAGCACAGCAUCUGGAAACCCGAUUGAAGUGCCAGAAUCGCAACAGAACUGGACCAAGGCAGAAGAAAAAGAGCUUCGGCGACUGCUUUCUCACCACCUGGUAAAUGCACUCACCAAGGAAACCACCACGUUAUCACCUUGAGCACAGAGAGGACUCUUCAGUGCAUUUGAAUUCGUUACCAAUGUAGUAUAAAGUGCCAAUUUAUCUGAA